AUGAAACUCGGCACAACUGACUGCACAAGCCAGUGCUUGCUGGAUGAACGCACUCUUGAGAGGGAGAGUACCACUUCCUAUGCGCCUGAUAAUGUCAGGCCGGAGGCUUAUCUGAGAGUGAUUGAUACGGUACUUAUGGUGGACCGAUGUCUCGAACGAUACGGUACGUGCCGAGGUAUUAGAGCGGUCCUCCGUGCUCCAUACAACCGGGGAACUACUAGUAUUACUGCGGGUAUCUAUCUAGUAUACGCGUCAAAGUCGCGUGUCAUAGCCGCCCUAUGCUACUCCGUACCUCGGGGAGACCUCCCUGUAUGUGAGCAUAAGCUUGGAUCAAUGGAGGUCCUUAAACAGCUCCAAGCUUCUGUUACCCAAGCCUUUGGCGAUUAUUUCAAAGAUGCCUACGAAAUCAUUCAACAAGAACUUGCUCUUCGAGACGCGAAGGUGCAGGCGGCCGAGGAGAGGGUUAGAGCUGCAGAUGAAGCACGAAAAAGAACGGAUGCUGAAAUGGCCGCCUUGAAGGAUGAGGUUACUCUCCUACGGAACGAGCUACGUCUCGGGGAUGUUGGCUUCACUGAAGACCAAGUUACUGCUCAGAAGUCCCUCGAACUGGAGGCAACGUACGCGCCGCAUCGUGCUAUAGAUCGUAUAUGUGCCAAUCGCAUGGACUCCGAGGGCUUCAGCUCUACUGAGAUAACGCCUGUGAGGGAUCUGUAUGUCGCGCUCUACAGAGAAGCUCAGACGCUUAUGAAAGCCUCUGGCGAACUUCGAAAACAAGUCAAACGUCACAAAAAAAAGUUGAUGCAUUGGAGAAAGAGCCUCGACCGCGACAACUUCACCUUGGUACUCGAUGGGAAAGCAGUUGAAUUUCAGCGGGCUAAGACAAACGGCUGUGAAGAACAUUCAAGCUUGUUCACUGAUUUAUCAACACCUACUCCACUAAAAUCUUCAGAAUCGGCCAUUCAUCCAGUUUUACGAGGAGCUUCCGCCCCUAUUUUGCAUACUUUAGGAGUAGGUGCUUAUGAUAGAUCUUCAAAUGACGACGAGCGAAGGGAGCCGGCUGCAGCUCAGAGUGCAACUGCUCCGGCCGCAACUAUCAAACGGAAACGUUCAGCAUCACAACCGCCUCAUCAGAUAUCCCCAGCAAUUCAUGACCAUGUCAUUAUCCAUAAUUACAGUGGCCCAAGCCAGCCUAUUUCAAUCAAAGAGGAGAGCUUAUCAUCCAGCCCUUCGGGGAGGCCAUUGUCUAGUUGCGAGGCUAUUGGAACCCAGGACCUAGAUGAGGUUGGUGUCAUGGUUGAAACGCCAACUAAGAGAAAGAAGUAUAAGGGAAUUAGCUCCCAGCGAGCGGCUUCACCAGCGAUUGAAACCAGAUGCAAAGACCUGCCCCCAGCAACAGUUGAUUCAUUUUCGAGACGAGCCACGGUACUGCAAUCAGUCGAUGGCAACACGAGCACCAAUAGAUAUGACCAACAGUUAGGCACAGCAGCCGCGAAGGGGUCAAAACCAAGACCUAAAUACUCCAUCUCGGCGAUGGCUGAGGAUGGCGAAGAGAAUGACGCGGAAGCCGCUACACCAAAUCGAUUUGACACGUCGGCAUCUGAAGCUAGGACGCCACGUUCAGAUCCAGGCAAGGAAGGCCAAUCUGCCGUACAGCGACUGGAGGGGCUUCUUGAAGGACCGGUACCUGCGAAGCAACAACUCCAGCCCAAAAGUACAAUUAGCGAAUUUACAAGGGGUCGCACAGUGCAAAGCUCCCCCUCUUCUGUUGGACGACCUUUGUCACAUAUAUCCGAAAAUAGCAGGAGAAUACAGGCAAAUGCUAAGUCAGAAAAUAUGCAGGGGGGUUCGAAACUUGAUACUCAACAUGACACCACUCAGGCCACCUCGUCUUCGGGCAGCGAAGCACAACGGAUAGAGGAGAACGCCACGCGUAUACAAUAUAGAGCUUUGCCGCUGCAUUGUCUCGAACUCAGCCAUUUCAAAAUUAAUCCAAAUUAUAAUCAAGGGGUAGAUUUUGCAUUUAGCAGUGUCAUCCGCACCACGGACGAGCGCAAGUGUGCAAAGGGUUGUAUGCGCCCUGGCUGCUGCGGAGGCAAGUUCAAUGCCAUGGCACGCCUGGGCGGUCUUCCGACGAACGCAACCUCUAACAAGGACAGAGAACAGGAAGAGCGGAAGAUUCUGGAGGACUAUUUGGGAGAAGAAAGACAUAUACUCGAUAAACUAAGCACAGAGGAUCGGGAGAGCCUUCUGCAAGAGGCGAGCGCCAGGCUUAUUGCCAAUCGAUUUGGGAAGCAUAGGCAUCACCACCAGCGAUCAGGAUCGCCACCUGGAUACUGGCGCACAGAUAUGCCCGAUACACAGGAAUUGCAGCGUGAUCAUGAGGAGGCAAGGGAAAUUGAAAGGGAGAAGGUGCGACACCGAUAUCGAGAGGCAAUGCGCCCGGGUGGUCUCUGGAAGUUUGCAGAUGAAUGA